GAGAAAUAAAAACAACUUACAUUAAUAGUUGUUUAUUUAUUUCUCUAUUAACUACACUCUGAAACAGACGAUUUAAGGUAAAGCAGGAUGAGAACAGUAUCACAUUUUCAACUUUUCGUAAGUUUAAUGUUCAUAUCGAGAGUAAGCGCCGAGGAACCUUUGUGUGGAUCUGCAUGCGCCCCAAGAUUCGAACACGACUUUCAGGUUUUACAGAAAAUGGCUGAUUUAGAAGCAAAACAAACCAGCUUACUUGAAACAAUCGCAAGUCAACAGGGCCAACUUACUUCACAACAAAACAUAAUUGAACGCCUUCAACAGCCUGUGACAGAUACACAAACGUCUCAAUGGAGUGAUUGGACUGUGUGGGGUGACUGUUUCACAUCCUGCUCGGGGAACAAUGGCGGACGAAUACAAACGAGAUCAAGGGAGGCAACUAUUAAAGGAAGUAAAAAGUCUGAGCAGGAAAGUAGACCAUGUAAUGCAGUACAGUUUAGUGGCUGUGUAAAAACUUCUGGAAAUAAUGAUAACUUUGCUGUUGUACACGACUACGCAGAUAUGUUGGCUCAGUCCACGUGUACAGCUAUUUUGGAGGGAAGUAACUACGUGUCCGCAAUAAGAAGGCAAUGUUCUUAUGUAGCGUCUGACUGUGAAACUGUAUGCAAAAAUCUAGGAAAGACUUGUUUCAACGCGUUACAUGUUUAUUCAGGUAACACAUUGAGUAGAGACGCUAAAUCUACGGUGGGACUCAAAAUGUAUAAAUACAAUCACUGCGGAGGAAACUGCGGGCCGAAUUACUGCUGUUGCGCAGGAAAAUAAAUUGACAUAAUUCUUAAUACCUGACAAAUAAAUGCUUGGGCAUAAAGAGUUUUAAAUUUACACAGUUCAUGUGAAAGUGUACCUUUUCUUCUGUAGAAUUUUUAAGUUUUAUUAACACAAUUUUAGUAUGAAAUACAGUGUAGCACUUGUUAUCGUCAUUUGCAUGUCCAUGACAUCACAGAUUAACCGUUGGUAAUCUUACUAAACGUAUUUCCCCUUUUGCAUGUUCUAAUAAAUCUAAUAAUUUAAUAAAAAGUAUUUCCCCUUGGAGAUCACUAGAUUCAGGUUCCCCAUUUCAUACUCGACAACUUGUUACCUGAGACCUGCCUUCCCAGGUACCGAUUUAUCCCUGAUGCGCAGAAAUUAAUUUUCUCAGUAAAAAUAGUAAUGUCCAAAAUAUGAAACAAAUCUGGAACGUCCCGAUCCUAAAGUGCGUUCUGUUAUCACAGGCCCGCUUACUUUCUAUAAGCUAUAUAAAACGUUAUUUUGUAAUAUUUUCACAAAAAUAAAUCUUUAAAAAUGUAUAUACACACUGAACAUGAAUCUUUCCGUACAACUUAAACACCAUUCAUGGCGUCUUUUGAACCUUUCUUCUUCUGCAUAUUUUACAAUGUCAUAGUCCCAUUUCAUACGAAUGUGUUUUAUUGUAUAUAUUUUUUUUUAAACAAUAUGAAUAAUAAAUAAUUUCCUUUA